AUGGGCAAGGUGAAGUCAAUCACCUCUCUCCACUGUGCAACUUUGUGCCUGCUGCUGUUCUUGCUAUCUCAGCGUUUUGGUGUUGGAGAAGCUCGUCUGGUAGAUCUCUCAAAAACUUUUUUGUUUCCUCCUCUUCUUGGCUAGUGAUUUUCCAUGGGGCAAUAUCCAAAGCGAUUAUCAUUUUAAACUUGUUCUUUAAUUACAUGCAGCAAUUUUCAAGUCAUCUAAUGGAUGUUGAUUAUUUUUUGGUCAUACAGUGUUUACCAGUAAUUAUUUGCAAUGUUUUUGUUAAACUCAGAGGGCGUAGUUUAUUUUUUUAUGAAGACUGUAAACUUUCUGGUUUUUUUUGCACUUUGGUAAACUUAAUAUGUACAACCUUCUGUGGAAGCCAAUUUAUUCUUGGCCAGUGUUACCCUUGAUGGUGUUUCUUUAAUAAAUUUCUUAUAAUUUUGCUCAAUGGAUCCUGAUGCUACCCUAGUGAAGAAUAGCGAAAAUAGCAAAAAACAUAGAGUCACAGACUGGCACCGCACAAGGGUCCUUUUAUGAUUAUAGCUGUUGCCGUUUUAGGAAGGAUUGACAAAAUAAUGUUGUUAUCUUUGGGGGUAGCAUCCUCUUUGGGAAAUAACCUGUUUCUUGACGAUUUUUUCUGGAUUAAUUUCUAGGCUUCUCGAUUCUUCUGUUAACUUUACCCUUUUUAUCUUAUUGUACUAAAUUAAUAAAUAGUUUUGAAGUAGAAGUUUAACUAUGUUAAAUAUUUAAUUUUAAUGUGUUAAUGACAUAUAAUGUUAUGUGGUUAGUGGCAGAGGUCCUCCGACAUAGAACCCUUUUCUUCACAUCUUUGUUGUAAACGUAAUGAUUCUAGAAACACACUGCCUCUUGAGGAAUUGCUUUUAUAAACUAUCUUGAAAACAUUCGGAAUAGACUUAUGAUUAAUUUGAAAUGUUUAAAAGCCUGCUCUUAUCUCAGAACCAGGAAAAACAGAUUAAAUCUUUGUCAAUCUCUGAAUCUUGCCGGUUUUGGACUCAAUUGGCCCGAUUUGAAGUCUUGCCGGUCCACAGAUUAGAACUCAAGGAUGUUGGUCCUGAACUUAAUGACAUUUUAUUACGUUUGCUGAACACUCGUCCUUUUUCAUGACUGAUUACUUUAUAGACAAAAAACCGUCAGAUAUUAAGAUUCUGUCCAUUUUUGUUAUUCUCUUGUUUGGCUGACCAAUUUGUUGAUACUUUGACUUACUACUGUUUGUUGUCUGUUCUAGGAACUUGAAGGAGUUGAAGCCAGAAGGUGAUGUAUAUUUACCGUAUAUAUUGCAAUCAUAGGUAGCAUGUGAAAAGCUAGCCAGGAUUAUGUGAUCUUAUUCAUCGACUGCCAGGACUCUAUAGAAUCAGCCUUCAGCUUGAAAGAAGUUCAUCCAUGUUGCAUGUCUUUGUAUUGAGUUGAUGGGCCAUUUUUUUACCGGUAGACUACAAUUAGGUAUAAUACCUUUUUAAACUAUUUUUUAUGUAGCCACUAGAAUUAAAAUCUGAUGCCCUGGAUAGUCUUGCAAUGUCAUCUCAUUUUCCUAUGCACCAGAUUGUAUUAAAUACUGUCUUUUCUGGAUUUCUGCAUUACUGAAGACUAAGAUUCGGUUUCAUUCAGAACUUCAGAGAGUGGUCCUGAGAUUCACUGCUCAAGAGAAAGAAGCAGAGCAGCUUGGAAGAUCAUUGAGGAGGUAUACAUGCUUCUUUGAUCCCUGAAGUCAAAUUUGAGUUGAUGUUUUGUAGCGUUAUUUCAUAUUGUUUCAUAAUUUUCAUACUGUGUGGUACCGUUUCAUAGCAUUAUCCUUCUACUGUUUAGAUUCCUAUAUUAAAUUAUAAAAUUUUGUUGCAGUACCUGAUGCCCUUUGUCGAUGAACACAAGUAUCAAAUUUCGAGUAAGUGUCGGCUUCACCCUAGCAAUGACAUGUUUAGAGAACAAGAGGCGCACAAAAUCCAUGUGGAUGUAAACGAAUGGCGCUGUGGAUUCUGCCAGAAGCGAUUCCGUGCAGAGAAGUAUCUUGACAUGCAUUUUGAUAACCGCCAUUACAAUCUACUCAAUGAUGUACGCCAGCUACUUUGGUGUGAAAUGUUCAUGAUAAUUUAUUUAUUCUUCAGUGUAUUAACUUUGGUUCUUUACUGUGUGAAUCUUUCAUAAUCAUUUAUUUAAUUUCGCGAUACCAUUACAUGUCAAAAUAUUUCAUAAUCAUUUAUUUACGUCACACAAUAUAGCUAUUACUUUUUAUUCAAAAGGGCUACUUUUUCCCUUUUUUUUUUUUUCCUAUUAUUAUUUUUUUCUGAUUAUGGCACGUUGGUUUUAGGCAAUCAGCAUGAUUUCCACCUUCUCUGGCAUUCCUACCCCUAUUCAUGUGAUGAUUCUUCUCCCCAAAUGCAAUUGGUUUAUGGGUUUGUAAUCGUUGAGCCUAAGUGCUCUCUGUCCAAUUCGAAAUCUUUACCAAGAAUUUUCUCGUUGAGUUUCCCUUAUAUAAAUCUUCCGCUUACCCUCCCAUUGAUGAUGUUUAAUUACGCCAUUCCUUGAAGAAACUGAGAGGAAAGCCAGCCACAGUCCCAGAGACAAUAAUUUCAAAGGUUAAUCCAGUGCUCAGCAAGAUUUGUUAAUUUUUAUGCCAUAUAGGCAAUUAAUAGGUACGCAUUGAUGCGCAAUAGUUAGAAGAUUUUCUUGUGGGAAAAAACUUAGAAAACUAAAAGAACUAUCCUCUUAGCUCUCAAUCAUGAAGUGUUCCAUGAGCUUCCAGGGAAUCAAGUAUUCAUUUCUUUCUGUGAAUCUCACAUGACGUAUAGCAUCUUGUACCCACUCUUCGAGCACAUUAACCUUUUUUUUCGGCAGCCCUUCCUUGAAACUGAGAUUGCAGUUGCUUGAAUCAUUCUUGGUGUUCUUCCUCUUUGCUGUUGAUAUUUUUUUUUCUUUUGGUGCAAUCUAAUCAAUUCUCUCUGAUUGUAGACUCAAGGACCAUGCUUGGCUGACUUAUGCGGUGCAUUGCAUUGUGACCAAGUGAUGGAGUCCAAGAAACCCAAGACUAAAUGUAACCCAGCCGCUGUUGCAAGAAAUCGCCAUCUCUGUGAGGUUCAGUGUCAUUUCCUUGUGCUUGGGCGUCACUAAAUCGUUCAUUUAUGGGUUUUUUUCUCCUGAUUCAGUAUAAUCUAUUGAAUACAACUUGAGAGGGCAAGAAAUAUACCCACGAAACAAAUUUCUACCAAUUUAAGCCGUCCAAGAAUUGAUUUUCUCUUGGAGAAAAAUGCCAGUAAAACCUCUAGCUUUUGCAUUAUUCCCAUACAUUUUCUAAAUAUUCCUUCUGGUUCAAUGCAGAGCCUUGCUGAUAGCUGUUUCCCCGUCAACCAGGGCUCCACAGCCAGCCGUCUUCAUGGUAUCUCCAGCCCCAAGAGCAUUUUUCUUUCAUCUCUCACUCCCUUUGAUUCUAAGUACUACAUGCAUUUCCUAUGCUGGAUAUCAGAAUUCUUCCUACGCCAGUUCUGUGAUUCUCACACUUGCAGUGGAGGGCACAAACCCUUCUCCAGGGGAGGCAGAGUAAGAUCACCAAGCCCUUUGUUCACAUACCCUUCUGACUUGAACGAUUUCAACUCAUUUCUCUCUCUCUCUCUCCCGCAGAAGCAGAGCAGCGUACUCUACCUCGCCGUCUGCAUUCUCCUGGUGCUUCUUCUUCCUCUGUUCUACCUCCUCGUGUUCCUCAGCAGAAGGUCGUCCAUCUACCUCUGAAGAUGAUAUCAUUCCAGUUCCCCUGUUCCCAUCUUGACCAAGUAACUUUUCUUGACGCGCCCAUGUCUUCUUCUGUUCUUCUUCAGAGAGAUGAAGGAUGGGGUUCAAGUCCUGAAGCGUAUCACCAAAGCGAAGCAAAAGAAAUAG